UUCUCCCAGCUGGCAGUUCCUCCGAACAUAAGGAAUAUUUUGGGAGCAGUCAAGAGGAUUUUCACAUAGUUCACAAUUCAAAUGUCCUGCUGAAACCGUCUGCAGUGAUGAAGUCUCCAGAGUGUUCCCUGCUGUCCUCAUUGAGGGGAGUGUUGAAAUCAGAGGAAUUCAUUCAGCCACACUAUAAGGAGUCCUAUCGCCUGGCCAUCGAUUGCCUGGCCAGCGGCGGCAGAGACAGUUACCAGGAGUUCCUCAAGGGAGAACGUAUCGGCAGCUUCCUCUCUGAGGAAGAGCUGAUCUUCAUCACUGAAAAAGCAGUAGCUCUCCCACCCAAUGACCAUGAGGAGGAAAUCAGUAGUCCACCGGACAUUGAGUCAUCGUCGGGGACGUACUGGCCUGUCCACUCGGACGUGGAGGCGCCCGACUUGGAGUUGGGUUGGCCGGAUGUCAUGCAACCAAUACUAGAGACAAAUAUAGAUCUGCUCUUUCAUCCACCAAGACAAAACAACCCCACCAUCAAGGAGGUGAUUCGGAAGCAUAUUCAAGAUGCAAGACAGGUCGUUGCCAUUGCGAUGGACAUGUUUACGGAUGUAGAUUUAUUCAAAGAAGCUGUUGAUGCCUCUAUACGAGGAGUCCCAGUCUACGUGCUUUUGGAUGGUUUCCAUUUGAAAAGUUUCCUCGCGAUGGCUGAAAAUCAAGAUGUCAAAAUUCACCAACUCAGAAACAUGAGGGUGCGCACUGUGAAAGGUUCGGAUUACCUCUGUCGAUCAGGAGCUAAAUUUCAUGGAGCAAUGGAGCAGAAGUUUCUUCUAGUCGACUGCCUCACAGCGAUUUAUGGCUCAUACAGCUUCACGUGGUCAUUUGAAAAAAUUAAUCUGAGCAUGGUGCAGGUGAUUACAGGCCACCUGGUGAAGUCCUACGACGAAGAGUUUCGAACACUCUAUGCCCGCUCGGCUGUGCCAGCUGAGCUGUGCCCUCAAGAAGCGUUCCCACGCAACGGACCACAUGAACAACUUAUUUUGCCAAACACUCAGUCGGCCGAAAAAAUUGAGUGGAGGGACGAGUUGAGGCAAAGGCUGGACACAGUCUAUCGGAAGACCUGCGAGAAGAAACCAGGAGCGAGAGAUCUUGAGGGGAGGCUCUUUGAAGAGGAACCCAACAAGUUCAGGCCCUUUAUUGAGAAUGGGAGCGCUGUUCAGAACCAGAUGCACUUCAUUAAAAGGCACAGCUAUGCUGGGGGAAGACCAGAUGGACCUGUGCCACAGAACAUCAGGCCCGGAGCGAGCAAUUUGAAUAUCGCCGGAAACGGAACCAACCAUUACCCCAUGGACAAUUACUCACCGGUGCCACAGAUACAUAGAGGUCAAAACAUGCAUCAGUCUUUCAAUGGCAAUGACACACAGAUUGUUUCCAUGCAGCAGAACAUGCCGACGCUAGAGAAUACAUCCAGGUCCUUCAUGCGCACAUUGAGGAUUGAGUCUUACCUCAAACACCCUGACGUCCCAUUCUCAGACUCUUGUGAAUUUUUAGACCAGUCUGAACCACGGGACAAAGCAAACUCCUUCAUGCAGGGAAGGAUAAGGUCUUCCCUUGCUUUCAGGUCCACCAUACCAGAGCAAAUGGAGCCAAACCGACAUCUUAACAACUCCUCCACUUGUGUCAACAGCUUAGCGGUCACAAACACUCCUUUACACUACUCAUCCAUGCAGUGGAAACCACACGCAGCAGCUGAACAUGGGACAAGUAAUGACGAAUACAUGGUCAAGAGGCAAAGUUCGCAGAUUCGGAAUGACAAUCGGAAUCACGCAAACUCCGGUGCAGGUAGAACCUCGUACCACUCUGUAUACACUAGCUUAGGCAGAGAUACAGGUGGACACAUGGUCACAAACCAGGACAUCAUGUCGGACAGUUGGCACAAAAGGCAUAGCGUGGCAGACCCAAGAUCAAACACUGAGUACAAGCAUGAAUCAUCAGAUCACAUGUAUGGAGCUUUCGCAAGGACGCAAGUGAAUAGAAGCACAGUAGAGAUCAACAGACAGAGUGGAGGAUACGGCUCAACUCUGAAAGAAGAUCUGAGAUCUGCUUCUCAUUGUGAUGUCAAGACUGCCACCGGCACAAAGAGCCACGGUACUCCCAUAUGGCAGGAUCCGCCAACCUGGACUGUGUCUGCAGCAGCGCUGGAUGUCGAUAGCAGGGAUAUAAAAGCUAAAGCCAACAGCACAAGCUCACAGCUAAAGAAGACUUCCAAAACAAUCAAAUCAAUGUUUAACAUAUCAGAUAAGAAAGAGGAUUCAGCAGGAGCCAUUGAAACACAGAGUCUGAAGUCAACUGGCAGCACAGACACCAUAACAGCUGAGGAUGAGGAGAAGACAUCCUAUAGAGGAGGAAAAUAUCCCCAAAGCACAACCAACUCUGUCAGGUCCUCCUCGCGGCAACAGAGGAAGCAGACAGAGGGCGACACUCGAGCCCCUUCAGAACCUCAUUUCAGAACUAAGGAGCAGAAAAAUCCACGUAAAGUCUCUCUUCCUAAACUGACCACACAGAAGAAACCCAGCGUUUCUGGCCGAAGCGUAACGCCCGUCCCUGACUCGGCGAGCUGGAGCAAUGAGCGAGGCCCGGAGCCUCGCCUUUACAGCAAAAAUGAGCCCUUCUCCUCGUUUGAAAAGAAACGCUCUGCACACGGCUUUGGAAACUCCCAGGAGAAACCCAAAGGCCUUCCUGAAGGUGAGGAUGCCAUCGAACACAACCUCAGCCGGGCUGCGAGAGGGCACUAUGAGAAUAAGCUGGAGAAAUUCAUUCAUCGAAUGGGGAGUCUCAUACACAAGAAGUAGCAAAUCUCCACAACUCACUUCUUACCAAUGCACCUUGGAGUCAUUAUGUAAAUAUUCUUACAGUUGGUCUAAAUUUCUGUGUUUACUUGUCUCUAGCAAACACUGUUUACAUUUUGACCUCUGCUUUUGUUAUUGUGUAUAGAUGCACUGAUGAAUGUUGUUUUAUAUCAAUACAGACCUUUGGAUAACUAAAUCUUAAACACUUUCUUUAAGUCUGUCCUCGACUAAUGUCAACCUGAAGCAAUACGUGCUUACAAUACAAACAACAAUAACAACAACUGUAGCAGAUGCUUUAAGUCGUAGCGGUUCCAAAAGGUCAUAGAUAGAAAGGUUUGUUUUGCUGCAGGUGUGUUUGUGCACAUAGUACCAACGUGCUGCUGUUGCUAUUGUACACUGAAAGGAUUACUGUCAACUGCCAUUGAAAAUACCAUCAGCAGAGAAGCUAACCACACCUUGAUAAAAACUUGAUGAAAAAAACAUCAACCUCAGACAAGUUGAAUGUCUUGGAAGUUGCAAUUAAAAAAAUGGACCACACUGGAUUAACCAAUGAAGGAAACGUUUCUCUGUGGCAGACUACAUCCUUGCUAGGUUUGUUUUAGUCUAUGAUCAGACACAACAUUAUUCUUUCUUACACUGAUCACUUAUUAGAUGUUGGGCUAUUUUGCUUUCUAACAUUUCUUCUUUCAGACUAGUGGAAGGAAAACAUUCAAAAUGCACUUGCUUGUUUAUUUUACUACAUUGUGUCUAUUUGUGUCUGCAGUCGCCAAAUGUUUGCAUAAUGCCUUAUUUACAUAUUUAAACAUCACAUUUUAGAUUGUAAAACAAAAAGUAAUUGUCUUAAUGUAAGAAGUAUUUAAGUGGGGAGGUUGCAUGCUGCAUUCUAUUUUAAUCCCCUUCAUCUGAGGAGUCUUCCCAGAAAGCAAAACUCAACGUGCACUGUACAUGCACAAUGAAAACUGCAGUACACAUACUCAGUAGCCAUUCAGAGGUGAUUUCACUAUUCCAUUAUUCAUCCUUCAUGCAAGGAGACAUAUUUGUAGGUAAGCACAAAGCAAUAUGGCCUCCAGAGUAGGACAUAUGCAAGAAGAAGAAUUCUUCAGAAAUAUUCAUUAUUUGCAGGUAGGACCUACUCUGUAUUCAGACUCACACGUCAGCUCUAUUUAAACUGUAACUUUAAUGGUGCUUUCCAGCCAGUCCCAUAUUGCUUCUCGGGGUUUUGUCUGAGUGAUAUUUGUGGUGGAAAUAAAGUGGAUGAUUUUAAAAAAGCAGAUCCUCUUCUAGUGCUCUUUCUCUAAUAAUAAUGUUGAUAAACUGCUGAUAAAAAAUAUUGAUGAUGA